AAAACAAAAUACUUCUUGAUCAUCGAUGAAUCGAACGCGGAUUGCAGUUGCUGGUAUUGGGGGGUGGAAUAUUGUUAUUUAACUUGAAGUAUACGAGUCAAGUGCAUGUCAAAUUAAUCGUUACUUCCCUAAAAACAAGACUUCCAUAAGAGCAGGCUGUGGGUGCGAUUACGAUAGGAAGGAUUCUCAAUUCUGACUGAUCGCAUUGGCAUUGUGGCGCCCGCCGCCCGGCUUUGAAGCUGGUUGGGAAAUAAGUGUAUUUCUGUCAAUCAUAAGAAUAUGUCGAAUUUCGAAUCUAAAAAGCAACAAGUGAGAAGGGAGCUCGAGAAAAUUGGCUACAGGAACAUACCUGAACAUCAGCUGGAUGAAUUCACUGCAGACCUCCGUCGGCUGAUAUGCCACGACCGGGCGAGUCGGGCCAGCCGCAGCCAGGCCCGCUCGGCCGCCCUGUCCUCGGUCAGCUCUCGCAGCGGGCGCGACUCUUCGUUCCGCGACUGCAGUCCGUCGAGCCGUCCCGUACGCGGUGUGUCGGCGCGCAGCAGUCAGUACUACCGUCCGGACCCGGACUCUGGUCUCACCAGCACCAGCUACCGGGGCUCGCCGCGCGACUGUGGCGCCUCCCAGCGCUCCACCGGCGGACGGCCCAGGCGCAAGGUGUACCGCUGUGUGGGCGGCCGGCGCGUCGUUACCGACGAGACCACCAGCGGCUACUCUGAUGGCUCUCCCGGCUCAGAGUUCGUCAACCUGCGACCGGAGAUGGACUCGGACGGCACGCCCGACUGCAGCGACGACUAUGACGAGGACGAGUACGACUGCGCCGACGGCCCCCAGCCGGCCAUGUGUGCCCGUCCGUUCCCGCGGCUGCACGUGAACCCGGUGGUGCCGACCGAGCUGCUGCCCAACCGGCCGCUCGCCAGGCCUGGUUUCCGUGUGACGGCCGACAUGCUGGCGCACCCGAUCCGUUCGGACCCGUGCACGCGCAUGAAGUGGUACUCGGACUACUGGGCCACGCUGAAGAUUCCCGGCAUCUACCGCCAUCAUAACGUGAUGAACGCCGUGCGAAACAUGCUCGACACGUACGACUACCUGCCCAGGCCGCUGAACAAGCCGGAGCCGGUGUGGAACGUCAGCCUGCUCCGCGAACAGCCCACCGCCAUGGUGAAGCUCAACUGGUGCUGAGCGGCGGAGUGGCAGACUCGGUCUGUCUACGACCUUUGAUCUCAUCUGGGGGCUGGUCCACGCUCCGGCACCCCGCCGGGGACCGUGCCAGCUAAGCGCAGCGCAGCCGCUGCACGGCCAGCUCGGGGCUGAAGCACGGUGUCCCGACUGGAGCCGAGUCCUCAUGGUGGAGGGCGCUGUCCCGGCCAUUGGAAGGGCUCAGGGCUCUGCGGGACUGGGCGGGUGGCGGGAAGUGCAAUGGCACGAACAAAGGGGAGGGAUCGAUAACUGGGAAGGGAUCAGUGCCAUAAGCUUGGAUUGGGAGGGAUGAUAGGAUUAAGUAUAAGUCUUGGGAACACCCGCUUAGAGGCUACGGAGAGAAAACUCCACUUUUGACCUAACAGGAGAGUGGAAACGCAAGAAUGCCAUUAUUGCAUAGCUGAACCAUCAUUAGCUGUCAAACAUAAUUGAACGGCAGGGCUAAAGACACAAUGACCAAAGACAUACCUAGUGAGAUUAGUAUUAAUAGACUAGGGUAGUGUUAAGAUGUGAACGCGUGAGAAAUAUGUCAUUCACUUCGGUGCUAACCAAUAUGGCCGUUGGUAACAGAUGCUGCAUGGACAAAGACUCAUAAAAAUGUGCAAUUUUGCAGAAAACUGCUCAUAGGGUAAGACGAGAUGAUAAACCAAUGUAAUUGCUGUUGUUGAGUGCGCGAAUUGUGCGAAAUGUCACCUGCAACUCGCGUCUUUACGCUGCAAUACGAUUGUGCAAUCUCGACAAUAUUGUCAGACUAGGAAGACUUAAAGGGACCCUCCCACCUUCAAAAAAGUUAAUGAAUUGGCACGAAAGUGAUGUCGCUCGGUUCAGAAAGAGCGAAAACGAAUAUCUACCAAAUUUCAUCGAAAAAUAUUCACCGGUUUUCAAGAUAUGAGACUUUUACUUUUGUUUACUUUUUGGGAUCUCCGCUGUUCCUAGCGACUUUAUUUGAAAGUGCGGCAUUUGUUGCGCGCAAAGCAGCAUAUACCACCGCGUGCUACCAAACGUUUUAGUAAAAGAUUAAAAAAUCGUUGGAUCUCCGCUGACGUCACAAAUUCUAAGGGGGCAUACCAAUGCACUAGCCCCUUAGAAUCCGAAAACUGCAAGUUUGAAAUUCCAUAUCUCCGAAUUAAAGCAUUUGUCGAUGUUGUGAGUGCCCAAACCGGUAUUUGCAGGCCAUGGCCACCAAUUUGGCUAUCUCAACUCAAAACUAAUGUUAAGGUGGGAGUGUCCCUUUAAGGAAGCCGACGCCCCUCGCAAUUUCUACGCUCAGCCGUUGGCGAUCGUGCGUGACACGAUGCGAUUUAGGAACCGGCGGGGAUAAAGUAACCAAGUGGCGAGCAGUGUGCGCUGGACACAACUAGAACCAGGCAAGAUGGCGACUGGAUCGGACCGGAACAGACUCCCGACUGUUCAGACGAACAGCCGGAAACAUCGCUAACCGCUGAUGUUAUUGUGAGCUGGCUUCCUCGAGCAUCGGGUGCAUUAGUAAUCUGGUGAGGCAUUCACUGUAAGCUCCGGGGCAUGAUCCUAGCCGUGAGGUCGGGACCAAGGCUCGUACUCGGCGUCACUAGAGGGCACAAAAUGCUGUCCAACGGUGAUCGGUCCCUGUGAUAUCGUCGCCUUCGCAGUGUGUUACGAAACGAACGGCUUUACCAUGCCGCCCUUGAGGCUCGUUGGUCGUUGUAAAUUAUGUUCAUUACUAUGUACAGCUUGGUAUUUAUACGUCCGUUGUAUUAAGCAUUUUUAUUGUAGCGAUGCAACAAAUGUCCAGUUUGACAGUGGCAAAUAAAGAUUGAAUUCA